CGUUGAAUUUGUAGAACAACAGGAGAUGUAGAAUUGUGAUCUUGGCCUGGAUGGAAAUGACAUAAUGACAGGUGCCGGGCAGGGGAAAGAUACUACUACUUUUGUCUUUGCUGAAAUGCAGUUGCUUAGGGACCUAGAUGGGGAGAUGGAGGAGUUUGCUGCUGAGGAUACAGGAGAAGUGCUGGUUGAUGUUUCUGAGAAGACAAGGGCUGAGGUUAUUGACAAUCUUCCUGAUGAUAUUAUGCCUGACUUUAGCAACUUCGGAGUAACUGAUAAAAGUCAAGUGGCUGGGAAAGAGACAGGGAAGAUAGGCAAAAAGCAGAAGACAUAUGGGCCUGUCCAAGCUUCCAGGAAGAGUUCAAGAGAGGAUAUCUCACAACCAAUGGUGGACAGGGCGGUGUUGCUCAAGAUGAAGCAGAAUCUGGAGCUACCAAAAAGUAUGAAAGGUGAUGGGGAUGGUGUCCAGGUAUCUAAGGGAUUGGACAAAACCAUUUCCAGAACUGCAAUCGGGCGCGGCAAGGGCCUUUCAGGAUUGGCUGUGGGUGAUUCUGAAAGCACCGUUUGCCCUGGAGCCGGACUGAACAACUGCAAGAGCUGGCUGGGACAUCUGUCAUGGAGGGAAGCGACUAGGAUCGCAACGCAUGGAGGACAUACGACGCUGGCCUACAAGAUGAAACACCCUGAAGAGGCGAACUCCAUCCAGGUGGUCUUCUCGGGCCUGCGACUGGUAUAUUGCCUUGUAAGGAAGUGGCAGUCUGCUCCAAGUGGGGUUGUAAGCUGA